AUAAGCUGAAGAUAAAAGACCCUUCAUAUAUAUUGCUCAUUGUUAAUAUGAUACAAUAUGAUCUAAUAAUGAGAGGACGGAAUAACAAAUACAUGGUUGUUUUUUUCUUCUUCUUUUUAUAUAAAAUAUAUUUUAUGAAUUUUAACAUCCCGUACCAUAUUCGUUAUCCCGUACCCGUGUUAGUACAUCAAACAUGCAUGCAGUAUAGUCUAUACGUAAUUAAAUACGGAGUAGUCACUCUUCUUCAUUAUUCUCAAUUCACAGCCAUUCAAAUCUCUAUAACCACAUCCACAAAUAUGACCAACCUAAUCCUUUCAGUAACCACAAUCUUCAUAGUCCUUAAUGCCUCUCCUCUCACCACCACCGCAGCCAACACAGCCGUCCUCGACAUCGAUGGUCACCCUCUCCAAGCCAACACAAACUACUACAUCUUCCCAGUGAUCCGAGGCCGAGGUGGUGGACUAACACUGGCACCUAAAAACUCUACUCAACCAUGCCCCCUCUACGUAGCUCAAGAUAACCUCGAACUCUCCAAAGGCCUACCUCUUAAGUUCUACCCCGUAAACCCUAAAGAUCGUCGAAUCCCUCUCUCUACUGACCUUAACAUCGUGUUCGAUGUGUCCUCCAUUUGUGUUCAAUCUACUGGAUGGAAAUUGACCCGUUUUGAUGAGACUCAAAGAUCAUAUGUUGGUAUAAGCGGAACAAUCGGAAAUCCCAGUGCUCAGACGCUUAGUAAUUGGUUUAGAAUAGAUAAGGCAGGAACUGGAAAGUAUGAUUAUAAGAUUGUGUUUUGUCCUAGUGUUUGCGAACUUUGUAGGCCAAUUUGUGGUGAAUUGGGUGUUUUCAUUCAGAAAGAUGGGAAGAGAUUUUUGGGUUUACCAUUUAAUGAUCAGCCUCUUCUGGUUAAGUUCAAGAAAGCUUGAAAAUUAAAAAGAGUAUUAUGAGUUGCUUAAAAAUUUAAAUGUAUGUAUAAAUAAGUGAUAUAUGAACAAGUAUAAGUACUCAUGAACAAUAAUGUUAUAUGAAUGAUAAAUUUUCCUUUACUACAAACUUCGUUUUAUGUGCAACAUUAUUUACAAAUAAUGGUUGCUACACAUUACGUGCAAUAAAUGUUUUCUUUCUUUUUU